GUCGUAGGUGCCCGGCGUAGCGGCGUUUAGGCCGUGCUGCGGUUCCCAGGAGCGAAGCCGUGGCCAUGAAGGAGGAGAAGGAUCAUAGGCCUAAAGAGAAGCGAGUAACCCUGUUGACUCCCCCGGGGGCCACGGGCAGCAGCGGUGGAGCUUCGGGGGACGGCACCAAAGGGGAAGAUAAGCAGGAUCGAAAUAAGGAGAAGAAGGAGGCGCUGAGCAAGGUGGUCAUUCGGAGAUUACCUCCCACUUUGACCAAGGAGCAACUUCAGGAACAUCUUCAGCCUAUGCCGGAGCAUGAUUAUUUUGAGUUUUUUUCUAAUGAUACUAGUCUGUACCCUCAUAUGUAUUCGAGAGCAUACAUCAACUUUAAAAACCAAGAGGACAUUAUUUUGUUCAGGGAUCGCUUUGAUGGUUAUGUAUUCCUUGACAAUAAAGGUCAGGAAUAUCCUGCCAUAGUAGAAUUUGCACCUUUUCAAAAAGCUGCAAAAAAGAAGACUAAGAAAAGAGAUACCAAAGUUGGGACUAUCGAUGAUGAUCCUGAAUAUAGGAAAUUUUUGGAAAGUUAUGCUACAGAAAAUGAGAAAACGACAUCUACUCCAGAGACCCUGCUAGAGGAAAUAGAAGCAAAAAAUAGAGAAUUAAUAGCUAAAAAGACAACCCCACUUUUGAGCUUCCUGAAAAACAAGCAGAGAAUGAGAGAAGAAAAAAGAGAGGAAAGGAGGAGGCGAGAAAUAGAAAGAAAAAGGCAAAGAGAAGAAGAGAGGAGGAAAUGGAAAGAAGAAGAGAAGCGAAAACGGAAAGAUAUAGAAAAGCUAAAGAAGAUAGACAGAGUUCCAGAAAGGGACAAAUUAAAGGACGAACCAAAGAUAAAGGUACACAGGUUUCUGUUACAAGCUGUGAAUCAGAAAAAUCUACUCAAGAAGCCCGAAAAGGGAGAUGAAAAAGAAUUAGACAAAAGAGAAAAAGCCAAGAAACUUGACAAAGAGAAUCUGAAUGAUGAAAGAGCCAGCGGGCAAAGUUGUACACUGCCCAAGCGCUCGGACGUCGAGCCUAAAGACGAAAAGCCUAAGAGGCCCGAAGACGAGAGUGUCAGAGACUACCGGGACCGAGGAGACCGAGGAGACCGAGGAGACCGGGACCGGGACCGGGAUCGGGACUACGAGCGAGACCAGGAGCGCCUCCUGCGGGAAAGGGAGAGGCUGAAGCGGCAGGAGGAGGAGCGCCGCAGGCAGAAAGAGCGUUAUGAGAAGGAGAAGGCAUUUAAGAGGAAGGAAGACGAAAUGAAAAAAGAAAAAGAGGCGGUUCGGGACAAAGGAAAGAAGACUGAAAGUACCGAAUCUGUAGGCAGCUCCGAAAAGACUGAAAAGAAAGAGGAAGUGGUUAAGAGAGAUCGCAUAAGAAACAAGGAUCGCCCGGCAAUGCAGCUUUACCAACCAGGAGCCCGAAGCCGAAAUCGACUCUGUCCACCUGAUGACAGCACCAAGGCUGGAGACUCAGGAAUAGAAAAGAAGCAGGAAAGUGGUAUUAGCCAUAGGAAAGAAGGAGGCGAGGAGUGAUUAAGUCCAAAUGGCCUUAGGUGUCCUGACUGUCUAGGCAGCCAAAGAGCAUGCAUUAAGCAAUCCAGAAGUGCCUUCAGGGCAAAGGACUAGAGACCGAGGAAGGGGAUCGCUGUGCUGGUGGGGUACACUGCAGAGGAGUAAUGUUGUUUUUUUGUUUGUUUUGUUUUACGUCCGAACAGGAACCUGAUCGCAGGUUCAGGUUGGAAACACAAUCCACUUUUUUGUAUGCAGUUCCUACAGAGUCAUUCUUAAAGUGUCAAAGAUGAAGGAGAGGACACGCAUUGCAGUUUGGAGCCGGGAAGGGUCAAGUGAGGACUUAAUUAGGUACGAGGUGGCGAGGGUUAAAAAGGACAGCUGGUUCCAUACUCAAAGGGUUUUGUCACAUCCUGGAUCGGACUUUCUCCGUUUGAGUGGAACAGAGUCACUGUGAAGUCUGGUUCAGAUCCAGUCAUACUCGUUGUCGGUGAUAACUGUUGGCUUUGUUUAGCGUAGACGCAACAAGCAUGUAACUGUAGUGAAGGACAAUUUCGCGUGUGCAAAGACGUAACGAUGUCGUGUCUAUAUCCUAUGUCCUGAAGUUUUACGAGUAGUUUUAGGGUUUUUUUUGCUUCUGUGAGCUUAGCGCAAAGAAUAUUUUUAAACCUCUCCUUUUUGCCUUUAGCAAUUUUGAUAUUAACGAGUACAAUUUACCUGUGUUUGGUUCUUGCCAAUCCAGUCUUUGUUUUAUCUUAGGUCCGGUGAUCUGAGUGCAUACCCUGUCUGGGGAGGAACCUGCACCAAUUUCUGUUCCUUUAGUCCUAGCUUGUUUUGCAUUGAUGUCAAUAAAUAUCAAGGUCACUCACGUA